AUGGCUGAAUCGAUCAUUCGCACCAUAUCUCCGGUCACCAACAAGGUCAUCAUACAGACCCCUAGCACGAGUCUUGGAGAAGCAAGGGCCGUCGCCAAGUCUUCAGAGAAUGCUUUCCAUGGGUUUGCCAAGUUGCCUCUGGCCGAGAGAAAGGCGAUUGUCGUCCGCGGUUUGAAUCUGAUCCAGGAGCGUAAGCAUGCUCUCGGCCGCGAGCUUACAGAGCAGAUGGGUCGACCGAUCGCUUUCAGUCACAAGGAAAUCGAGACUAUGCAAAAGCGCGCUGACUACCUGCUGGAAAUUGCCGAAGAAUCAUUGAGCGAUCUUCCUGGGCGCCCUGAGGCGGGCUUUAAACGUUGGAUCAAGAGAGUCCCGGUGGGGCCGACUCUCAUCGUCUUCGCCUGGAACUUUCCCUAUCUUAUUAUUGUGAACGCUUUGGUCCCGGCUCUCCUGGCCGGCAACAGCGUGAUCUUGAAGCCGUCGCCCCAAACACCGCUGGUUGGGACCCGAAUCGCCGAGAUAUUUGCUGAAGCCGGUCUACCAAGGAACGUUCUCCAGGUCAUCCAGUCUGGAGAUCCUGAGGUUCUCAGCGAACUUGUCAAGAUCCCCGAGAUUCAAGCAGUCAGUUUCACUGGGUCGACCGCAGGUGGCCUGGCACUUCGCGAAGCUGCAGCGCGACGAACAAUCCCGCUUAAUCUUGAGCUUGGAGGAAACGAUCCUGCCUACGUCAGGCCCGACGCCGACUUGAAAUACGUUGCAGCUCAAUUGGUGGACGGUGCUGUGUUCAACUCCGGUCAGAGCUGCUGUGCUAUCGAGCGGGUCUACGUCCAUAAGGAUGUCCAUGAUGCGUUUGUGAAGGAGCUACAAGAUGAAUUGAAAACCUACAAACUCGGCGACCCCCUUGAUCCGUCCACAACUGUUGGACCUGUUAUCUCAAGGGCAGCACAGGAGGCGAUCCGACAGCAGGUUGAAGACGCCCUUACCAAAGGCGCUCAGGAUGUCACUCCGCAGAACAUCACCUUUGAGAAUAUUUCGCCCGACGGCAACUACGUCGUUCCCCGUAUCCUUACUGGUGUCACCCACGAUAUGACGAUUGCUCAGGAAGAGACGUUUGGCCCGAUCAUUCCCGUUGUUCUUGUUCUGAGCGACGAUGACGCGAUAUCGUUGAUGAAUGACACCGAAUAUGGUUUGACAGCUAGUGUGUGGACGUCGGAUAUCUCUCGCGGUGAGGAGAUCAUGGAGAGCCUUCAGGCGGGCACCGUUUUCGUCAACCGUUGCGACUAUCCCAACCCUGACCUUGCGUGGACGGGAUGGAAAAGGUCGGGGCUUGGCUGCACGUUGGGGCCUAAGGGUUUUGACUUCUUCGUGAAGCUGAAGAGCUGCCAUGUCAAGCGCAGCCAGAGUUAA